AUGUCGUUUGCAAAUUCUUUGUCGAGCGGCCGUGCCACAUUGACAGGGGGUUGGUAUAGGUUUGAGCGUGUUCCUUUUAGAGGUCUUUUGUUGCAACAACUGGCUUCAGAACAAGGCUCUGUAGAGAAAACAAUUGUGUUCAGUUCCAAAGAAAUAGAGAAAGCUACUGAGAGCUUCGGUUUGGACAAGGUGCUUGGACAUUGUGGACAAGGUACAAUGUACAAAGGGAUACUCGAUGACGGUAUGCUUGUGGCGGUUAAGAACUCUAAGGUUGUGGACGGAGACAAGUUGGAAGAGUUUGUAAAUGAGGUUGUUAUUCUGUCUCAAAUCAACCACCGCAACAUCGUCAAAAUACUAGGUUGUUGUUAG